UGAGGCGUGCAGACCAGGGUGACCGGUUGCAGUUUCCAGCCUGCGUGAAAACUGGCGCAUGUGGGCUCUCCGCUUGCUGCUGCUGCGGUCAGCGGCCGGGCGCACCAUGUCUCAGGGACCCGCCCGCCGCCAGCGUCCGCCUAAGGACCCGCUGAGGCACCUGCGCACGCGGGAGAAGCGCGGCCCGUCCUGGGAGCCCGGGGGACCGAACACUGUGUACCUGCAGGUUGUGGCGGCUGGCGGCCGGGACGUGGGCGCGGCGCUCUACGUCUUCUCCGAGUACAACCGGUAUCUCUUCAAUUGUGGCGAAGGUAUCCAGCGACUCAUGCAGGAGCACAAACUGAAAGUGUCUCGUUUGGACAACAUAUUCCUGACCCGAAUGCACUGGAGUAAUGUUGGGGGAUUGUGUGGAAUGAUUCUUACAUUAAAGGAAACCGGGCUUCCCAAGUGUGUACUUUCUGGACCUCCACAACUGGAAAAAUUCCUAGAAGCAAUCAAAAUAUUUUCUGGUCCGUUGAAAGGAAUAGAGCUGGCGGUGCGGCCCCACUCUGCCCCAGAAUACAAGGAUGAGACCAUGACGGUUCUCCAGAUCCCCAUAUACAGUGAGCAGAAGUGUGGAAAUCACCAGCCGUCACAGAGGUCAGAAAGGCUCAGUCCAGAGCAGUCUGCAGACUCUCCAUCACCUGAGAAUGAGCAGUGCUUUCCAGAUGCUGUGAGCCAGAGAAGGGGUGGCAGGGACCCUUCCUUGGUCGUGGCUUUUGUCUGCAAGCUUCACAUGAAGAAAGGAAACUUCUUGGUGCUCAAAGCCAAGGAUCUGGGCCUCCCGGUGGGGACAGCUGCUAUCGCUCCCAUCAUCGCUGCGGUCAAGGACGGGAAAAGCGUCACUUUUGAGGGAAGGGAGAUUUUGCCUGAAGAGAUCUGUACUCCUCCGGAUCCCAGCCUUGCUUUUGUUGUGGUUGAGUGUCCAGACAAGGGAUUCAUUCAACCCAUCUGUGAGAAUGCUGCUUUCCAGAGGUUCCAAGGAGAGGCCGAUGCCCCUGUGGCCCUGGUAGUUCACAUGGCCCCGGAGUGUGUGCUUGCAGACAGCAGGUACCAGCAGUGGAUGCAGAGGUUUGGGCCUGACACCCAGCACCUGAUACUGAAUGAGAAUUGCACAUCCGUUCACAACCUGCGUAGUCACAAGAUUCAGACACAGCUCAACCUCAUCCACCCUGACAUCUUCCCCCCACUCGCUGGUCUCCACUGUAAGGAAGAGGGCGCCACCGUCACUGUGCCCACAGUCCGCGGGGAAUGCCUCCUCAAGUACCAGCUGCGUCCCCGGAGAGAGUGGCAGAGGGAUGCCCUUAUUACUUGCAAUUCUGAUGAAUUCAUAGCUGAGGCCAUGGAGCUCCCCAAUUUCCAAGAGAGCGUGCAGGAAUAUAGGAAGAUGGCUCAGGAUGGCCCAGCCCCAGCAGAGGAAAAAAGCCAGUAUCCAGAGAUCAUCUUCCUGGGAACAGGGUCUGCCAUCCCGAUGAAGAUUCGGAAUGUCAGCUCCACACUUGUCAAGAUAAGUUCCGACAGGACUGUGCUGCUGGACUGUGGUGAAGGCACAUUUGGGCAGCUGUGUCGUCACUACGGAGAUGACGUGGACAGGGUCCUGGGCAGCCUGGCCGCUGUGUUUGUGUCCCACCUGCACGCGGAUCAUCACACAGGCUUGUUAAAUGUCCUGCUGCAGAGAGAACGAGCUUUGGUGUCGAUGGGCAUACCCUUCUACCCUUUGCUGGUGGUCGCCCCGACCCAGCUCAGGCCCUGGCUCCAGCAGUACCACAACCAGUGCCAGCAGGUUCUGCAUCAUGUCAGUAUGAUUCCUGCCAAAUGCCUUCAGGAAGGAGCUGAGGUCUCCAACCCCACAGUUGAAAGGUUGAUUAGUUCACUGCUGAGCACCUGUGAUUUGGAAAAGUUUCAGACCUGCCUGGUCCGACACUGCAAGCAUGCUUUUGGUUGUGCGCUGGUCCACACAUCUGGCUGGAAACUGGUCUAUUCAGGGGACACCAUGCCCUGUGAGGCUCUGGUCCAGAUGGGAAAAGACGCCACCCUCCUGAUACACGAGGCCACGCUGGAAGAUGGUCUGGAACAGGAAGCUGUAGAAAAGACACACAGCACUACCUCCCAGGCGAUCGGUGUGGGGAUGCGGAUGAACGCAGAGUUCAUCAUGCUGAACCACUUCAGCCAGCGCUACGCCAAGAUCCCCCUCUUCAGCCCUGACUUCAACGAGAAAGUUGGAAUUGCCUUUGACCACAUGAAGGUUUGCUUUGGAGACUUCCCCACAGUGCCCAAGCUGAUUGCCCCGCUGAAAGCUCUGUUUGCCGGUGACAUUGAGGAGAUGGAGGAGCGCAGGGAGAAGAGGGAGCUACGGCUCGUGAGGGCAGCCCUCCUGUCCAGUGAGCAGGUGGACAGUGAGCCCCAGCAGAAACUGGCACAUGCAGAGGAGCCUCAGAGCCCACAGCGCAAGAAGGUCAAGGCGAAGUGAAGGCCAGGAGGGACCCUGUACUCGGAAGGCUCACAUCCUCCACCCCGUGCAUGGGCACUGUGUGUCCGCCCUUUGCCUGGUGGGAGCCAGAGGGCGCCGUUCCACGGGGGUCACAGGGGAGCAGGCAGUGUGAGGCUGGGCAGGGACUAGCAGACUGGUGUGCUGGGUGUCUCUCAGUAAGGGGGCCUGGCAGAGCUGUGGACAGGAGGCUGCCAGGAGGAAAGCAAGGGUGACUGGAAUCCAGUGCCAUUGAUAGUAAAGUCACAUGGAAAAACGGUACACCCAGGCUUGCUGUGGCCAGAUUAUUCCCUCUGCACACCAGAGACAAGCCAUUUCCCAGGGAACAUUGGGUUAUGGCCGUGAAGUCCAAGUAUCCAAGACUUGAGGAGACGUAUUUCCAAAGACAGAGAAUGCAAUAAAGAUUCUGUUUGGAACUCGA